ACAACAAACCCCCCGAAGCCGUGAAUGGGAUUUCCGUGAGAGAGAUCUUCCGUGCUGCCGCCGCUCUAAAGACAUUUCUGACCCCUUCUUUCUCAAGGGGGUCCGCAGGGCCCGAGGAUUUGGAGCUGACCGUUUGAUGACAUCAUCCACGUUUAACCCCCAAUUCAGCCCGAAGGCGAUCGGAGUCCACGUUUGGAGACACUCUCUAGGCUUGGCCGUCUUCCAACCGCGAGGAUUUUUUCGCUCUCCAAUCGCUCUCCAAUUCUGGAGAUUAAGAGAGACGGCAUGAAAUGUAAGAAUUAAACAUGAUUGCUCCCUUGACGUUGAGCGGCUUGCGGAAUUGACGAUCCUUAUGGCUAUGUAUGAUGAGGAUAUCCCGAACAACCCUUUUUAUCUGGCUAUCCAAAAGCAGCGGCCUGAUCUGGUGGAUAGGGUAGCAGAGGCUCACGGCAUUGUCUUGGUCCCGUGUAAGGGAAGCCUGUCCAACGUCACUUACUCCUCGUUUCCAUUCGAUUCGUAUGUUUUAAAACACACAGACGGUGGAUUUCAGACAGAAAAUGGAAAGGCUGUUCUUAUCCAAGGUAACUUGGUUAAACUGGGUGCGGGUUUUGCGUCUCCCCUCUCUGUGCCGAUUCUCUUUGAAGAGACCUUCUACAACGAAAAAGAAGAAAGUUUUAGCGUACUGUGCAUUGCCCGUUCGCUAGAGAAGGACGAGAAUGCCGAAGAACUGCCCCCAGCCUCGGCUCCAUGCACUUUGAAGAACAUAGACGAUGUCAGGGAAUAUUUGGGAAAACACGUCGAGAGAUUCGACAAAAAUAUCUCCUCGUUCCGUGGCACAUUAAAGCUACACGAAAGGAAGAGCCUCCGCCAUUACAUCGACUCUGUCAAUGCUCUGUACACAAAAUGUCUUCAGCAUUUACUGCGGGACUCGCAUCUGAGAGCAAUUGCGAAGCAGGAGGCUCAGAUGAAUUUGAUGAAGCAAGCAGUGGAGAUGUACGUUCACCACGGAAUCUACGAUCUGAUCUUCAAACAAGUCGGGAACAUUGAGGCGAGCGAGGACGCUGCAUUUAACAAGAUUACAAGAAGCCUUCAAGAUCUCCAGCAAAAGGAUAUAGGGGUGAAGACCGAGUUCAGUAUUAACAUCCCGCGUGCGAAGCGUGUUCUGGGCCAGCUGAACAAGUGCACGUCCCCGCAACAGAAGCUGAUCUGCCUGCGGAACGUGGUACAGACCAUCAUGCAUUCUCCGAGUCAGAGAGUAAACAUGGAGAUGAUGUGCGCUGAUGACCUCCUGUCUGUUCUGCUUUACUUGCUUGUAAAAACUGAACUUCCUAACUGGAUGGCGAAUUUGUGUUACAUUAAGAACUUCAGAUUCUGCAGCACUGCAAAGGAUGAGCUGGGAUACUGUCUGACGUCGGUGGAAGCCGCCAUCGAAUAUAUCCGUCAAGGAAACCUAACAGAAACCGCGAACGUCGACAGUAAUGACAAGUCCUUUUUAUGGCAGAGGAUGAAUUUAAUGUCGAGAGUCUCCACUGCUCCCAUCGACUGCCUCUUCAAGCACAUCGCCUCAGGCAACCACGAAGAAGUAGAUGCGUUACUGAGCCAGGGAGACAAUGAAGAAGAGGUUGCUCAAAAAAUGUGUCACCCUCUCUGCUCCUGUGACAAUUGUGAGAAGCUCGUAUCUGGAAGGCUGAAUGAUUCCUCAGUUGUCACUCCGUUCUCCAGAGAUGACAGAGGUUAUACGCCGCUUCAUGUUUCAGCAAUUUGUGGACAAGCUCAGUGUAUUGAUCUGCUGAUAUCUAAAGGUGCCGCUGUCAAUGCCACCGAUUAUCACGGCUCUACGCCACUCCACCUUGCUUGCCAGAAGGGCUAUCAGAAUAUAUCGCUUCUCCUGCUGCACUAUAAGGCAUCUAGAGACAUACAGGACAAUAACGGCAAUACUCCACUGCACGUGGCCUGCACGUACGGCCACGAAGAUUGUGUGAAGGCUUUAGUCUAUUACGAUGUACACUCUUGUAGAAUUGAUUGUGUUAAUGAGAAGGGAGACACAGCUCUUCACAUAGCCGCUCGCUGGGGCUACCAGGGGAUCAUCGAGGUGCUGCUACAGAACGGAGCCGGCGUAGGUAUCCAGAACCGGAGGAAGGAGACUCCGCCGCAGUGUGCUCUGAACGCCAAGAUUUUGUCCAUGAUGGAAAAUGUCCGUAGUGUGAGCGACAAGAGGCAGAGCGUGCCACAGAUCCCGAGCAGAUCUCCGACACGGUCUGCGGACACCAUCAGCCAGGAGUCCUCCAAGUGCAGCCUCUCUUCGCCAUCCCCUGAGGCCAGGCAAGAUGUGAGGGGCAAAUACAGAGAGGUGGACAAGCUUUUAAGAGCUGUCAGUGAUGGCGACUUGGAAAUGGUCCGUUACCUCCUGGAAUGGAUAGAUGAGGAUAUGGACGAUGAGGAAGACGAUGGCCUUUUAGGCAAAAAAGAGUUUUGUCACCCACUCUGCCAGUGCCACAAAUGUGGACCCGUUCAGAAGAAGCUCAAUAAUGUUCCGCCGAGUGGGCUUGGUGUCAACGUGGCGAGUCGAGACGGCUUUACACCGCUCCACGUCGCUGCCAUGCAGGGCCACUCGCUUUUAGUGUCUCUCCUGUUGAAGCACGGAGCCAACGUCGACGCCAAGAAUGGGAAUCGAGCGCUUCCUCUGCACCUGGCCUGCUUCAAAGGGCACCCGGAGGUGGUGAAGAUUUUACUUGAAUACAGUACAGGAAAGAAUAAGAAGGAUAUGAGUGGGAAUACGCCGCUGAUAUACGCCUGUAUAGGAGACCAUAUAGACAUAGCGGCUUUCCUGCUAGAGAAUGGGGUCUCUGUGAAUCUCUGCAACGUUAAGGGGAACACAGCCCUGCACGAGGCGGUGAGGAGGAACAGCGAGGCGCUGGUGCAGCUGCUGCUGUUAUACGGCGCGGCGGUGGAGAUUAGGAACAAGCGGCAGUACUCCCCGCUGGACUGCGCGGGGGAGAACUCCAAAAUCCAACAACUCCUGCUGUCUGCGUCCAACAACACGAUCGGCGGAAACGGAACGGCUAGCAGCGAGGAGCACAUCCCUCACGUCCGAAAGAAAUCCACCCACUCCAAUCCAGCAAGUACUGGAGGGAGCCCGACGCCACGGCGAGUAGAGCUUUCCAACGCAAAAUCUUCAACUAUGAAGAAUCCGAUACGGAGAGACAAGAGCAUGCCCAAUUUUGAUGAAGGGCUAAUAAAUCAGCUCUCCAUAAGCCGGUUUGAAGAAGGCGCCGUGAAACAGGGUGGCCGGGAGCAGAACCCUACGAGAGACGUUGAGACAAAGAAGGCGCUGCCCGCCGAUGAGACGAGGUUCACGGUCAGAAGGCACAGUCUGAAUGUUCCCUGCUUAAUAGACAACCAGGACAGCUUCAGCGACACUACAGACACGUUCAACGGGACAGACGUAAGUUCUCCGCUAUCCGAAACCUUCGAUCAGGACUUAGAGCACGAAGCUUGCGUUAGCCACCGGGAGCUUUCGGAGAUGGACCACCAGAAGGAUCCUUCUCUGGUGAUCACUGACAUUACUGAGAACUUACAAGAACUUGCAAAGAUGGCAGACCUGGAGUGUUCAGGAAGCGCGGAGUGCUGUUGUGUGGCUUGCACGCUGGCCAUGGAGUCUUCGUGGUCUCUGAUUGGUUCGUCCAACAACUCCGUGGGCGAGGCCUCGGGCAAUGAUGGCUUCGAUACAAUUGAUCUUUGAUCUCGGGCUCGCUUGGCCAUGCGCUCUAUAGGGCUAGGAUCAUGCGCUCCGGCAGUUUCGUGAGGCGAGGUGCAAUGAAUAGGUUCACGCGUUUCAGCGGCUGUAUAUUGAUUCGAAAAA